AUGAAGAGCCUUUUCCUGAUCAUCUUGCUUCUGGGGCUGGUGGUUGUCCUGAGGGCCCAGGAACUGCCAUCAGAUGACAUUGAGGAUCUCUCUGGGACCUGGUUCGCAAAGGCCAUAGUAUGUGACAAGAACCGCCCAGAUGGGAAGAAACCCAAGAAAAUGUUCCCCAUGAAGGUGACAGCCCUGGAAGGAGGGGACUUGGAGGUCACAAUAACAUUCCAGAAGGACGGUCAGUGUCACAACAAAAAGUUUGUGAUGGAAAAAACUGAGGAGCCUGGCAAAUACACUCUCUUGAAGAGCAAGAAGGCCAUGUAUAUCCAGAAGACUUCCGUGGAGGAUCACUACAUCAUCUACAGUGAAUGCAAGCACAAUGGGAAAUCACACCGCAAGGGAAAGCUUAUAGCAAGACAUCCUAAGGAAAACCCAGAGGCCAUGAAAGAAUUUCAGGAAUUUGCACGGAGCAAGAAAUUCCCAGCGGAAAACAUCUUUGUACCUGAGCAAACGAAUCAGUGCAUCCCUGAGAGUGAGUAG